AUGCGGGCAUUAAAGGAAAGUACUCUACUAAGUAAAUCGUCGUUUAUCCAUCCUAACUCUGUUUUUAAACUCUCCAGAGCAACAGCGAUACUCCAAUUGAGGAGGGAUAAAGAAGAUGGGUUUGAAGGGGAGGGGAAUGCGGUGCUGGGACCGUGCCUGACCAGCUAUGUGGACAACGGAAGCUCUGAGAGCCAUAGAUACUAUCUGGCACGCAGAACUAUGCUGGAGAUGCUCAGAGACAGAGGCUAUGCCGUGCCCAACUCUGAAAUCGAGCUCUCUCUACAAGACUUCCGGGCCAUUCACGGCCAAAACCCAGACCUUGAGCGCCUCCGAAUCUCCACGACGUUUCGCUCUGACCCUUUGAAAAGGAUUUUAGUAAUUUUUUGUGGACCUGGUGUAGUAAAAGUUAAUGUGUUCCGCAGCAUUGCAUCCCAAAUUGUCAACAAAGAUACUUUAAGUGGAUUGAUAUUAAUAGUGCAAAACCAUAUAACAUCCCAAGCCAUGAAAGCAGUGGAUCUUUUCCCAUUUAAAGCUGAAAUAUUCCAGAUUACUGACUUGCUUGUGAACAUUACAAAACAUGUGUUAAAGCCAAAGCAUCGGAUACUGACUGACCAAGAGAAACGGAGGCUUUUGAAAAAGUACAAUAUAGAAGAGAAGCAGCUUCCUCGAAUGUUACGAAAAGAUGCAAUUGCGAGAUACUACGGACUUGAGAAGGGGCAGGUGGUGAAAGUGACAUAUGGUGGUGGUGAAAUCACUGAGUCGCAUGUUACCAUAUAUGAUCCUUGGACUUUUGUAGCGAUGUGUCCUUUGUGAAUACUUUGGUUGACUAUGAUCGUUGCUACAGCCUUUCAAGGGGAAAAAUGUUGCGUCCAAGAGUCCUAUCUACAGCUAGCCAUGGAAGGAAAAUUCUAAUAUCUCACUGUUACAAGGUGUUAUUGCCGGUCAAUCCGUGAUUCUUUUUCAGAAAAAAUAAGAGAUGAUUGGGACUAGUUUAGAUAGUGAAUUAAGAUGAGGUGAGAUG